AUGACUCGGCCAAAAGCAUCAACCUCAUCCAAAGGAAAGUCGGCGGCCAAGUCCAAGGCUGGUUCCAACAGAACAGUAACUGAAAUGUUCCAACAACAACGAGUGCUACGCAAACGACCCAUCGUCACAUCCGACAAUGAAAACUCGAGCAGUGACGAACAAGAAGACGACCAACUUGCUUCAAGCGAUGAUAGUGAAGGCAGCGAUAGCGAAUUCGAGACCAACUCCAGCAAGCGUCAAAGAACUUCAAAGACAUCCGAGAAGCGCAGCAGCAAAGCCAGUGGCAGCAGUCAGCGUAGGAGGAAAUCGGUGACAGAGGUCUCAUUGACACACUCAAGCCAGUUAUUGGAGCCUCUUACUGCGGAUGGUCGUGAAGGACUUUAUGAUCAAUUGUCAAAGGAGGAUGUGGAUAUUGACGAGAUCACCACCGAAUGGAUCGAUAGCUAUCGUGCUGAUAAGGAGGAUGCAUUGCGAAACUUGAUCAAUUUCUUCAUCAGAAGCUGUGGAUGCAUGACAGCUGUGACAGAAGAUGCAUUUGGCAAAGAAGAUAUCGCAACAGAAGUAUUACAAGAACUUCAAUCCGAGCUUGCAAAGCUCCCGCAACCUGAAUACCCGAUCAUUUCCAAAUCCAAGAGUGGCAAAACCUUCAAACGCAACAUUCUCCUAUUCUUCAAGACGUUCAUGGAACAAUGCCAGCAUGAUAUUGUCUAUGAUGGCACAUUUACUGAAACACUACAUAAUUGGCUGGCAACAAUGGCAAGUUCGACCUAUCGCCCAUUCCGUCAUACAGCUACCAUCUUGACAUUCCGAGUAUUGGAUUGCCUUGCCAUCUUUGCGGAUAAGGUCACCAACGAGCUUGAAGUUGUUCAGCGUCAGCUUCGCAAUGAGAGUACAAGAAGUGGUCGUGGCAGGAAUGCUGAGAAGAAACGAUUGAUGACACAACGUGCUGCCACCUUGGAACGCAAGCAAGAGGAAUUGAAUGAAUUCAUCGAUGAUUUCUUUGAAAGCGUUUUCGUUCACCGAGCACGUGAUGUUGAACAUGUCAUCCGCAGCGAGUGUAUCAAGGAACUUUGUACUUGGAGCUUGCAUUACUCUUCACACUUUGUCGACAACUCCUAUUUGCGAUACAUUGGUUGGGCAUUGAAUGAUCAGCAUGCACGAGUGCGCACCGAAGCCCUGAAAUCCAUUAUUCGCAUGUACCACGUAGAAUCCAUUGUGGAGAAGCUCAAAGCAUUCAUCUUGCGAUUCAAGGCACGCAUUCAAGAAAUCGCUCUUUAUGAUAUCGAUGUGUCGGUGCGACUUCAAGCCAUCGAGCUUAGCCAUCUUCUUUUCAAGCAUCAACCCGACCUCUUUGAUAAUGACAGCCGUGAUUUGCUCAUGGGCAUCCUCUUUGUGGACAAUGAUAGACUCCAAAAAGCCGUUGCACCCUUCGUUAAGACUGUGAUCGAGGUUCAACUUUACGCACCCGACCUUGAAAAGAUGCAAGAGGAUAUGCAAUCUAUGUCUGUCAACGAUUCAUCGAAUGGUGGUGGUCAAAACUCUGCCGCACACAAAGCCUGGAGCUCCUUCAAGUGGCUUGCUGCAUUGUUGGUUUCCCAUAUCAAAGCUAUCCGUGCCAAUGACAACAACAUGGAUACCGAGUCUUCUGAAGCUAUCGCUAUCGACAUUCAUCAUAUUGUGACCACCGUUGUUGAUGCAUUAUGGGUGCACUUGCCUGUUUUGAAUGAUUACAAAGCAAUGGCCGAUUAUCUAAGCCGGGAUCAUUCAAGCAAUCAGCAGGGUGAUAGCUCAAUGGACGCUGAAGAAGUGGACGAGGAAUACCGGCUGACCGAUCGUGAAGAAGAUGUGUUUAUCAGUGUCUUUGUGGCCUCCCUUCAUUUAAUCACUGGUCGUGGCGUUCACAUUCGUGGCAAGGAUAAGAAGAAACAACUGGAUGAGGCCGAAAUGAAUGAAAAUCGUGCUGCAGUAUCUCGCUAUCUUGUGCCAUUGCUUUCCAAGUUGUUGACCAAGCACAAUGACAAUGCCAACAAGCUCGAGAAGCUGGUGACUAUUCCACAGCUGAUGAACUUGGAUGCUUAUUCUGAUCUGCGUAUGCAUCCCACCUACGAGGAGCUUCUCCAAACUCUCAUCAAAGUAUAUACCGGUGCCACCUUGCCAACACUGCUUGAGAAUUGUGCCAAGACCCUCCAUCACAUGAAAGCUGCCACAUUCCUCUCUGAUGUCAAUGACAAGUUGAUGCCCGAACUUGUUGAUAGCGUGGGUGCACAAGUUCGUGAUGCUUGCCGUGGCAAGGAUAUCUCGAUUUGUGGUCUCACCAAGGACGACGUCCAUGCUAUCACCAUGAGCUUGCUUCGCUUGGAUCAUCUUAUCAGCUUUAUUGAUGUCACAGACGUCAUGGAUGAGAGUGAAGAUAUGAACGACGACAUUGUAGACCUCAUGACCCACUUUAUUGUUCGCGCUGGUGGUGGUUUCGAAAAGGAAAAACAGAUUUCAAUUUCUGCAAUGGGUGUUCUCUUCCGUUACUUUUCGUGGAAAUGUGAAAGGAUAUCAAAUGAUCGUGAUCUCACGGGUGCCGGCCGUGCUGCAGCAAACAAGGUGGAAAGAAAACGUGAUUCAGUCAUGGACAAGAUGACCGAUUUGGCGACUGCACCUGAUCUCAAGCCGUUACCUGUGGUCCGAUCUACUGCAUUUGGCAUUGUGAUGGAUCUUUAUUGGAUCUUUUCAAGUGAUCUUUUUACUGGCAGCACCGAAUUGAAUCUCUUACGUGCGGAUUGUCCAGACCACACCCAAGAGCGUUGCAGGAAAUACAUUGCAUCUGAACUUGAAAAUUGGCAAAACGCAAUGAAUGAAGGUGAAGGCGAGAAUGAAACCCAAGAUGAUGACGAUGACAACGAGGAUAGCACCAAAGAAAAUCACAGCGAGCAAGGGUUGCGAUUGGUGGCCAAUGUCGCACGCGCAGUCUCAGCACGAGUAUUAGGCUAUGAUCAAAUGACGGACAUCUUGGCACAGUAUGGCUAUCUCGGGGAUGAGGCUGACGCUAUCAUGAAGGCGUUUAUUGAGGAAUUGAGAGUGGAUCUUAUUCACAAUGAAGAGUGUGCAUCCAGCAUUUGCCGUUCAUUCCUUGAUUCUCUCAAAAAGUCUUUCGAAGCGCAUGUUAAUGACUCCUACCGAUCCAUCGACAAGACACUUUCACUUGCACGUUCACAAGCUCGUACGUUAAGCCUUGCUGAUCAAGAAGACCCUUCACGCCACGUGGCAGAGCAUGUGAUUUGUGAUCGACUGCACAUUGAUGGUGUGACAUAUGUAUUAUCCAAAGCAGCGGAGAAUCACAAGAGCAAGACCGUGUCUCUCAAGUUCUUCCGAGUGCUUGGCGUGUUGGUUAAGCCAUUGAGUCGGGCUCGUGAUGUUGCAAAAAUCCACAAACACAUUGAAACGUUAUUGGCUGAACACAAGCUUGAACCGAAAAGGGGUGACAAGGAAUGGGAAGCUUACUUUGGAUAUGUCAAGGAGAUUGAUCAGAUUCUGAAACGUAAAGGACUACGCUAUGCAAAUUGA